AUGCCUAGCCCCGCCCUCACUCCGCCGCCCUACGCGCCCGUCGCCACCAGCUCCACCACAUCCAGUACAUCCUCCACACCCACCACGCUCAGCCCUACUAAUACCACGUCGCUGAGCGCGCCCACCACAACCACCACCACCACCACCACCACCACCACCACCAACACCAACACCAUCACCAUCAACGUAGUUAAUACUGACACCGCCGACUUCCCAUGUUCACAUUGUCCCCUCACAUUCGCCUAA